AUGGCUCAAUCUGGUAAUCUCCUAGUCCUUGACCUGCGUAAACAGAUCUUAGAUAAUUGUGAUUUCAUGACGCCUCACGAUUCGAGGGUCGACAUAAUCACCUCCAAGGAGCCCGAGGGGGGCAAAUUCCGGGCCAUGGUGAUCAAGAGCGAGGGCUGUUUUAGUUCCAAGAUGAAGCGUUCAGUCUUCUUCUCGGAUGUGGGAACCACCGUAGUCGAAGCUCUCGAGCUCCUUCACGCCAAAACGGCUGAGGCUCUCAACCACCACAUCUUGACCCACGGUUUCGCACCUUUGCGUGACAGUCGCCGCAAGCCUCGCGACUGGGACGACGAUGGAAGCGAGACGGCGUCCUCGUCGUCCGGUUCAGACUCGGACGAUUCUGAUGACUCCAGGUCAGGAUCUAACCUGUCCGAUGAUGGAGGACCGCCUACCUCAAAGACCCGGAGAAGGUCCAAGGAGGGCUCCUCAUCUUCGCGACCCAGACCCCGCAGCCCUGUCAGACCGCCGGGGCCUCCUGUACCCGUCCCUGUUCCACCCCCAACGAGAGGCCCGAAUAUAUUGCCCCGGCCGCCCCCUAUGGGCCACCGUCCGGGACCCCCUGGUGUCCCGCUUCACUCCGGUAUGCGAGGCAUUCUGCCUCCCAAACAUCCUCUCAAUUCGGGCCCACCACCAGGGUUUCGCCCUCCUCGACUCGGCGAUAUGCUUCCGCCGAGCAUGCGUGCGCGCGACGUCAAGAUCGGCAUCACAUGGGGCGACCACAGGCAGCAGAUAAUGGUGCACCAGGUCCCGAACAGGCACAACAUCAUCACGGCGGCCAUGCGCUACUUCGGCAGCAACCGCGACGUCUUUGGCGCCGCCAAGGACGGGCCCGCCCUGGGCAGAAACAUGUGCGUGCUCAAGGAGUUUGUGUUGCCCAAGGGGGGAUCGGGCGGCGAGGAGCGGUACGACAUGACUGCGUACCACGUCGACGACCUGUCGGAGAUGUGCGACUCGGCCGCCGACACGUGCAAGAAGAUCCCGCUCUUUGAGGUCACGAUCCAAAGUCUGCAGGGAGUCCAAGUCCGGGAUUGCAGCGACGGUGACUGA